UGUAAAAAUCACAAUGCAUGCUUGCUUGGUGCGCUCGGCAGCCGUCAAGCCUGCCGUCCUCUUGUGAUGAAGGCAGAAGCGACAAUCCAAGCCCCCUUCCCCCCUGAACUGUAGCGUGUGAUCUGCCCCUCCACGCCGUCCGAAGCCACACCCUCAUCAUGACCUCCGGGCCGCUGUUCCGCUCCCCAUCGCCACCCUCCACACGUGCCGGCGCAGGUGUAGGACGCCGCGAAGAUGGCAGCAGCAGCAGCAGCGAGCCGCCAAGGCUGUACGGCCUCACGCCCUCGCGCGCAAACGCGCUCAUCAACGCGCGUAUACGCCACAUCGGCGCCGAGCUCGCCGACCCUGUCGGUGCGUUCGCACCCGCCAGCAGCUUGAAUCGCUCCCUCGCCGCCGCCGCGGCAGCAGCAGGACGAGAAGGAGGCAACGGCGGCGACAGGGUCAAGGCGCUGGCGAACGAGCGCUUGCAGGAGCUCAAGGAGCUUAGUCACAUCUACGGCCUCAACGAGCGGCAGGCGCACGCGUGUGUGCGCAUGGCGCUCGGCCUCAGCAUCAAAGCCGCGCUCGCUGCGCCAGCCGAUGCCGGCGACGACGACGAUAGUGCUCGCAAAGGGAAAGCGCGAGGGAUGCGGGCGGACACGCUCGCGCGCACGCCCGCCGUGCCGUCCAUCGCGCUCGGCUCGAGCCUCCUCAAGCUCAUCGUCCCGCGCCCCGGCUCCGAGUACGGCAAGGAGCUCGUGCUUGACAUCCUCGGCGCGCUCGGCCCCGCGCCGGGCGCGCUCGAGGACCCGAGGGCCAACGGCCAGAAGGCUGGUGGUAGCUCGGGCUUGCCGGCGCAGGAUGCACAGGAGGAGGGCGAAGAGGAAGAAGAAGCAGAGGAGGAGCCGGAUGGGGAUAUGGAUGCAAGCAGGCAUCGGGAUAUGAAGAAAAAAGCCGGCAAGCCGUUGCGCAGGCAUGUACACCUUCGCGUGCAGGCGCUGGCGCUCAAGCUGCUCAUCCUCCUGCUCGACAUACCCGCCAUCUCCAUCGAGCACGCCGCAUCCGAGCACGCCGCGGUGUCCUCGCUGGGGAGCCAAGCGGCUGACCCACUCGAUGCGGCACGCAAAGCGCACUGCGAGCUACCCUCAUCGUUCCUCAGCGUCGCAGCAAAAAGGAUGCUUGAUCGGUCUUACGGCGUUCUGUUCCACUUUCUCGAGUACCAGACACUGCGACCGCAUCUGUGCUACCUGCUCUGCAAAAUCGCGCGGCGCAAGCACGUCAAGAACUACCGCGUCGCCGGCCUUCUGGCUUUGCGUAGCAUAUUCCCCGAUGAGCCAGCCAUCUCCUCCCUCCUCGCCGUCUUUGGCAACUUCUACCCGGAUUUGCUCUUCCCCGACCUCGUCGGUGCCGCCCGAGGUAGCGGAAGCGGCGGCGGCACACUAGGAGCAGGCAUGAACCUCGGCCUGCUCUCCGGUGGCGGCGUCCCCCCGCCGGGACUCAGAUAUCCGGACCUUGCGUGGCUCGUACACGUUGUCGAGCUACAUCGCCAUCCGCUUGGGCUACCACAGCCGCAGCCUUCGUUUCCGGAGCAAGCAGGGCAUGAUGCUCAAGCUGCUGGCGAGAGCGAGCGCCUUGCGAAGCGCCGCAAGCUCACUGCUGCCAAGGCCGGCCUGCUUGGCGCUGCUGAUUCGCUCGUUGGCUCGGCGCCCGGCAACGCCAGCGGCAGCGGCAGCUAUACGAUCCCAAGCGGUGCCGUGAUCUCCGUCGAUGCGUCAUCGCUGAUCAUCUCCGAGCUGCCGUCGAUCCGCUCACUUGGCAUGGCCCUCGACCGCCUGCAGAUGCCCUCGCAAAUGGCCGCCGCGCUCAAUAACAGACUUAUCAGGCUUGCCGUGCUCGUCGACGACGAGGUUGAGAUGCACGAUUGCAUUGCUGAGUGGCUCGUCUCCGCUUUCGAGGACGAGAUGCGCUCGCAAAAGGACCUAGGACCGCGCUCCGCGCCAUCUUCAGCUGCGGCUGGCUCCCCGCACGUCGGGUUGCUUGUUGAGCGCACGCAGGAGCUCUUCGCGCUCGCCGGCGAGCUGCCACCCGCGCUCGCGCGCUGGCUGUACGCCCUGCUCGCGAGCGGAGCGGCACAGAUGCUCAAGAGCAAGGUUCACGCGCGCCGCUUUUUCGACUCGGUCCCGCUUGAAAUGGUGCUUCCGCUCGUUGCGCUGCUCAAACCCGACGCACCAGAGGCUAUCAGCAAGAAUCUUCUUCAACCGCUCGAGAGCAUUCUCAGGGCCCCUUGUGCACCUUUCUCGUGCAAGAUCCAGAUCCUCAGGUCGCUCACGGACAUGCUACAGCUGUGGGCCCGCUUUGACUGGGCAACGGGCCUGCGGCAGAGCCAGAACCGGGCGCUGAAGAUCCGCUAUGGCAUCACGCCCAUGCGCCACUGCGAGAUGUGCUUCGAGUCGAUUGAUUUGACCGGGGCCUUCUUGACUCGCCUCGCUGGCAAUGUAUUACAAUCUCGACCAAGGUCCAUUAAAGCACAGGCAGCAGUCCUAGACGCAUACGCGACGCUCAGCGGACCGCUUAGCGGUCUGCACUCGUCUGUUCUGCCUUCUAUGCCGGCCACCAUGUUGCUCAUCCUUUCCCCGUCCAUUUACUGCCCUUCGCGCUUCUUCUCUCUCACCCAGGCGCUGCGGCGCAACUUUGAGGUGUGGGAGUUUGCGCAGGACGAAGUCUUCGAGCAGCAGCAGCAGCAACCACAGUCCCAAGAGCAGCAGGGAAGCAGUCAGCCUGGCUCAGUGGCGAGUGGGGCGCCGGCCAACAGCCGCGAGGGAAGGCUGAAGAUGGCAGAGACUGCUUACUUUGACGAAGCUAAUCGAGAAGACUUGAACCGCAUGGUCGUCGUGCUCGCCGAUCUCGUCUGGAGAGUCAAGGGUUUCGCGACGGUUGAAGAGGAGAAUGGCAUUUCUGUCGGACUUGGCAAGCGCUUCUUCACGAACUUCAAGCAGCGCUGCGAAGAGCGCGGUGAGUCGGCGCUGAUGACCGGCUCGCUGACUCAAGGGCUCGCGUUUGUCAGCCUAGCAGAGCAGUACAUGUUCUCGCUCGCGCGCGAGCGAGGCUGGAGCGGCGCACCACUCCGGCCGCCGAUCUCGCAAGCGUCGCUAAAAGCCGCACGCACUCGGCACGGCUUCCCCGCGAGCGUCGCCUGGACAGACUACAGGGCCACAUUCCUACAGUGGCUCGAUGCCAAAGGCGCGGGCGGACUGCAGGAGCUGUUGAGCGCCAUCAUGAGCUCGCUCAGGCCGCCCGUGCGGCAGCAAGAACAGCAGGGCGGAGGGACGCCGACGGCAAGUGCGGGUAGCCUGAGCCAGCCAGUUGCAGGUUCAUCGCAAUUUCCCCAGGCGCUGUGAAUGUGGUUAGACCUUGCUUGCAUUAUAAUACAAAUGAGAAAAUCCGCACGACUUGACCUCUUCACGGUACCCAAUGCGCAUCGUUGAGCGCGACAGUGACGAGCGCCUUGUUGUGCCCGUUGUACUGCCUGACCGUCUCGCCCGAGCUGAGCUCCCAG